CUCCACUACCGUCGCUGCCGACGCCGCGACCGCCGCCGCCGCCGCGAUGAAGAAGAAGCCUUCCUCCCGCGACUUCGAAUCCCCGAACCACCCCCACCCGCCGGACUCCCCCCACUCCCCACUCCGCUCCGACUUCCACUCCCCUCUCCGCUCCGACCUCGGCGACCCCGCCGACACCCCACCUUACGCCUCCCCCGCCGCCUCCCCCACGCCCACGCCCCCGCCCCCAUCCAAGCCCGCCGCCCCCGACGAGCCCGCGCGGCGCUCCCCCCUCCCCUCCCCCCCGCCGGACGCCCAGAAGCCGGAGCCUCCCUGGGGGCUCGCCGUGGAGGCCGGGAGCGCGGAGGACGGGUCGUCGGACGACGAGUCGCCGCCGCCGCCGCCGACGGUGGUGCUCAGUAGGGCGGUGCGGGAGGAGGGGACGGCUCCGUCGACGAGGACGAGGGGAAGGGGACGGGGUCGAGGAGAGAGGACAACGGCGGUGAGGAGGGUGAGGAGGCCGAGGGGCUGGGAGAGGCUGAACCGAGCGGGCCUGUGCGUCAGGGUCUUGGAGGUGGUCCUGUGCAUGAUCUCGUUCUCGGUCAUGGCUGCUGACAAGACCAAGGGGUGGAGCGGCGAUUCCUACGAUCGCUACAAGGAGUACAGGUAUUGCUUGUCGGUGAAUGUCAUCGCUUUUGUCUAUGCUGGCUUUCAAGCUUCUGAUCUGGCCUUCCACUUGAGCAAGGGCAGGCACGUCAUCCAGCACCAAUUCCAGUAUCACUUCAAUUUCUUCAUGGAUCAGAUCCUGGCGUAUCUCCUGAUAUCGGCAUCGUCUUCUGCGGCGACCCGCGUCGACGACUGGAAAGCGAAUUGGGGGAGGGACAAGUUCACGGACAUGGCCAGUGCUUCCGUCGCCAUGUCCUUCUUAGCCUUCAUGGCUUUCGCCAUCAGUUCCCUCAGCUCCGGCUACAGCCUGUUCUCCCAUUACUUCUGGAAUUAGUUAUACAUAUGAAGGAAAUUCGUUUUUCCCCGACAUCUAAAAAUUAUAACUUAUGAUUUGAUUUUUGUACAGGGAGAAAUAAUUGCUAGGGACUCGAUCCUUUCUAGUUUCUACGCUGUUGAAUGGGAGCAUGUAGAUGUUGUAGAGUUGUACUAUAUAAAAGCACCUGGACAUGGCUAUGCAUGUAUACUGGUUCGUUUUGCAUACCGAAAUCAAUAAGGAGCCCGUCCUUUUUCUUCCUGG